CACUCGCUUCCUAUCUACAGGUCCCCUUCUCUCCUCCAGCAAACCCUAGUGCCGCUCGUUUCCUCCUCCACCUUUUUCAUUUGUUUUGUGUUUUUAUUUUACUGAUUUAGGGUUUAGAAGGGGUUGAGGCAACAGUAAACAAUGGCUCCCAAAGGUAAACACCCAUUGAUAAUAACAGGCAAAGAUGAGAUGAGAAAGUGGUCGAGACAGAUGAGAUCCCAAGGCAAAACAAUUGGAUUAGUUCCCACCAUGGGUUAUCUUCACCAAGGUCACCUCUCACUCAUCCAAGAAGCACACAACCACAGCAACCUCAUAGUUGUCUCAAUCUAUGUAAACCCAGGUCAGUUUUCUCCUUCCGAGGACCUUUCAACAUACCCAUCUGAUUUCCAUGGUGAUAUGCUUAAGCUUAAGUCUGUUCCCGGUGGAGUUGAUGCUGUUUUUUGUCCUAAGAAUCUGUAUGACUAUAGCAAUGAUAGUGGUGAGAAGCAAAAGAGUGAGAAUUUGGGUUCUGGUUGUGCCAGUGGGUUGGUUUCCUGUGUAGAGGAUAAGGGGAAUGGGCAUGAAACAUGGGUUAGAGUUGAGAGAUUGGAGAAAGGAUUGUGUGGGAAAAGUAGGCCUGUUUUCUUUAGAGGGGUUGCUACCAUUGUUACCAAGUUGUUUCACAUUGUGGAACCUGAUGUUGCUGUUUUUGGUAAAAAGGAUUAUCAGCAGUGGAGGAUUAUACAACGGAUGGUUCGAGAUCUCGAUUUUGCCAUUGAAAUUGUGGGGUCUGAAAUAAUGCGGGAUAGAGACGGCCUUGCAAUGAGUUCACGAAAUGUGCAUCUCUCCCCUGAAGAAAGGGAAAAGGCAUUGUCUAUUAGCAGGGCGUUGUUGAAGGCUAAAUCCGCUGCUAAAGACGGUCGAGUUAAAUGUAGCGAACUAAAGGAUUUGGCUAUCCUAACAAUAACUAAAACAGGGGGAAGAAUCGAUUAUGCUGAGAUAGUAGACCAGGACAGUUUGGAGGCAGUGACAGAGAUCAAGAGUCCUGUUGUGUUCUGCAUUGCAGCUUGGUUUGGCAAGGUUAGGCUGAUAGAUAACAUGGAAAUCAGCAUAUGAAAACUACU